ACCUGCGGCUUGCCGUAGUUCCAUGUAAACACGGAAGUUGCUUCAGUGCUCUGUUUUCUUGUGCGAAAUAGGCUUUUGGUAAACUAGCAACUAAAAGAGCUUUCUUAGAGCAACUUAACACCCUGAGAAGUAACUGUUUGGGUCUGACAUCUUUGUCAGCGCGUUUACGUCGAGAGAGGAUAUACAUAUAUCUUAAUUUUGACUGUUUAACCAUGUCCGCGUGGCCAAGAACGCAAGACAGCUAGUAAUAGCUGGACACAACUGGCUAUUUUGCAGUUAGUAGAAUAUCAUAUGAGGAAUGGCAGCUAAAAAAGAGAGGACAUUUAGGUUUCUAAUCGUGGGUGGUGGCAUCGCGGGUGUAACAUGCGUUGAACAGCUGUCAUCCCAGAUUCCAUCAGCUGAUGUGGCUUUGAUUACAGCAGGUUCCCAUAUCAAGGCAGUGACCAAUUAUAAACAGGUAUCCAAGACACUAGAAGAGUUUGAUGUUGAAGAGAGACCGUCCAGCGUUUUGGAAGAGAAAUUUCCCAACCUGACCAUCAUCCAUUCUGCUGUUAAAUCACUAAACACAAAAUCACAUUCAGUGGAAACUGUAGAUGGACGGAUUUUUGGUUACGAAAAGCUGUGUCUCUGCAGCGGGGGCAGACCCAAGCUCCUCGCCCAGGAUAACCCUUAUGUGCUGGGUAUACGAGACACAGACAGUGCCCAGGAGUUCCAGAUGCGGUUAUCCAAAGCAAAGAGGAUUGUUGUGGUUGGUAAUGGAGGGAUUGCCUUGGAAUUAGUGUUUGAAGUGGAAGGCUGUGAGGUGAUCUGGGCUGUGAAGGACAAAGCCAUUGGAAACACGUUCUUUGAUGCUGGGGCAGCACAGUUCCUGAUACCGUCCCUGGAGGCUGACAAACCAGACAGAGCUGUUCCCUGUAAGAGAACUCGCUACACCACAGAGGAACCAGCACCUGGAGAGGCCCAAACUUUCACAGCAGAAAGAAAUUCAAAAGGUCAUGGUUCUACAGCUACAGAGUCUGGAAGUGCUCUUGGCCCGGACUGGCAUGAAGGAAUAGUUCUGAGAGGAGCAGAGCAGGCGUCCCGCAGAGUUUCUCUGGAAUACCAGUGUGAGGUAGAUAGGAUCUUCACAUCCGAGGAGCUGCUUGAUUCCCAACAGCAAACACUCAGUCCUGAGAACAGAGGAUCCUGGCCAGUUUACAUCCAGUUGACUAAUGGCAAAACAUUUGGGUGUGAUUUUGUUGUCAGUGCCACCGGUGUUGUACCAAACACGGAGCCGUUUCUUCAUGGCAACAAUUUUGCAGUUGCAGAUGAUGGAGGCCUGCAAGUAGACGACCAAAUGAUGACAUCAGAGCCAGAUAUUUAUGCUGCAGGGGAUGUGUGCACUGCAUGCUGGGAACAUAGUCCACUGUGGCAGCAGAUGCGUUUGUGGACACAGGCCCGUCAGAUGGGCUGGUACGCCGGCCGCUGCAUGGCCGCUCAUGUUCUGUCAGAGCCGAUAGAACUGGACUUCUGCUUUGAACUCUUCUCACACAUCACCAAAUUCUUCAACUACAAGGUGGUGCUGCUGGGAAAGUUUAAUGGGCAGGGCCUGGGGCCCGACCAGGAGCUGCUUGUACGCUGUACCAAAGGCCACGAAUAUGUCAAGGUCGUUCUCAGUGGAGGUAGGAUGGUCGGAGCAGUGCUGAUCGGGGAAACUGACUUGGAGGAGACCUUUGAGAACCUGAUCCUCAACCAGAUGGAUCUGACCCCGUACGGAGAGGAGCUGCUCAACCCUGAUAUUGAUAUAGAGGACUAUUUUGAUUGAGCGCCUUGUUUGUGGAGCAAAAUUCACAAAAAAACUACGCUGAAAAAUAAAUUAAAGGACUAUUAUGUACAA